AAGAUGCACUGCAGGGUCAGUGUGCGCUUCUCGCCUUGUUUUCACCGAUCUGGCUAACCAGCUGCACAGAAGUGGCAGCUGAACAAGCUGAGAGACUAUAUUAAAGAACGAAUAUAGCGGGGGUGCGGAGCCGGCGUUUAUGGUCCCAGCUACUCGGGAAGCUGAGGCGGACGGAGUGAGCUUCCUUCCGUCAGGAGCUGAGUCGCUCGGAACGUCACACCCUGCUGCAAGCCAACAACCCGACGAAGUGCAGAACCGCACUAGCCUUCCACCUAGCGGCCUCUCGCGGCUCAGGCGGGGACCGGGAGAUCGCGAGAACCUCCCGCCCAAUUGCGACCCCGCGCCAGAAGGCGGGGCCGAAAGAGGAGGAAGUCUCGCUGAAGUACUCCCGCCCUAGUCGGGUAACCCCCUCGCGAGAGCGCCGAGCACUCCGGCCUGGGAAGCGCGUGCAGAAGCGGAGGUGCUGUUCAUGGGACUUGUCGGCCGCCGUAGCCCCUGCUAGGACAGCCCGUGCGAGCCUGCUGGAGGAGGAAGAGAAAGGCAGAGAGAGUCGGGUUACAAGAUGGCGGAUCUGUAGUAGUUACUGCGGCGGCGGCGGCGGCGGCGGGAGAGCGAGCGAGCCCUGUGGGGCAAAGGGACGGGAGGGUGGGUGUAUGCGGGGUUGAAGUGAGAGGUAACCAGGCCUCCGGGCGGAGGGUCUCAGUGGCUCUUGUCACCCCUUCUCGCGGCUGAACCUUUGAAGCCAUGGUGAAUUCGGGCCUCUCUGGAGCCGCCGCCGCCACCGCCACUACCGCGUCUACCGUCUCCCAAGAGUGAGGGGCGCGGACGAGGUGAGCGAGGAGGCGGCGGCUGGAGCGGUGGAGACAGCAGCCACCAUGUCGGAUACACGGCGGCGAGUGAAGGUCUAUACCCUGAACGAAGACCGGCAAUGGGACGACCGAGGCACCGGGCACGUCUCCUCCACUUACGUGGAGGAGCUCAAGGGGAUGUCGCUGCUCGUUCGGGCAGAGUCCGACGGAUCACUACUCUUGGAAUCAAAGAUAAAUCCAAAUACUGCAUAUCAGAAACAACAGGAUACAUUAAUUGUUUGGUCAGAAGCAGAGAACUAUGAUUUGGCUCUGAGUUUUCAGGAAAAAGCUGGCUGUGAUGAGAUCUGGGAAAAAAUUUGUCAGGUUCAAGGUAAAGACCCAUCAGUGGAAGUCACACAGGACCUCAUUGAUGAAUCUGAAGAAGAACGAUUUGAAGAAAUGCCUGAAACUAGUCAUCUGAUUGACCUGCCCACAUGUGAACUCAAUAAACUUGAAGAGAUUGCUGACUUAGUUACCUCAGUGCUCUCCUCACCUAUCCGUAGGGAAAAGCUGGCUCUCGCCUUGGAAAAUGAAGGCUAUAUUAAAAAACUACUGCAGCUGUUCCAAGCUUGUGAGAACCUAGAAAACACUGAAGGCUUACACCAUUUGUAUGAAAUUAUUAGAGGAAUCUUAUUCCUAAAUAAGGCAACUCUUUUUGAGGUAAUGUUUUCUGAUGAGUGUAUCAUGGAUGUCGUGGGAUGCCUUGAAUAUGACCCUGCUUUGGCUCAGCCAAAAAGACAUAGAGAAUUCUUGACCAAAACUGCAAAGUUUAAGGAAGUUAUACCAAUAACAGACUCUGAACUAAGGCAAAAAAUACAUCAGACUUACAGGGUACAGUACAUUCAGGACAUCAUUUUGCCCACACCAUCUGUUUUUGAAGAGAAUUUUCUUUCUACUCUUACGUCUUUUAUUUUCUUCAACAAAGUUGAGAUAGUCAGCAUGUUGCAGGAAGAUGAGAAGUUUUUGUCUGAAGUUUUUGCACAAUUAACAGAUGAGGCUACAGAUGAUGAUAAACGGCGUGAAUUGGUUAAUUUCUUCAAGGAAUUUUGUGCGUUUUCUCAGACAUUACAACCUCAAAACAGGGAUGCAUUUUUCAAAACAUUGGCAAAAUUGGGAAUUCUUCCUGCUCUUGAAAUUGUAAUGGGCAUGGAUGAUUUGCAAGUCAGAUCAGCUGCUACAGAUAUAUUUUCUUAUCUAGUAGAAUUUAGUCCAUCUAUGGUCCGAGAGUUUGUAAUGCAAGAAGCUCAGCAGAGUGAUGACGAUAUUCUUCUUAUUAAUGUGGUAAUUGAACAAAUGAUCUGUGAUACUGAUCCUGAGCUAGGAGGCGCUGUUCAGUUAAUGGGACUUCUUCGUACUCUGAUUGAUCCAGAGAACAUGCUGGCUACAACUAAUAAAACUGAAAAAAGUGAAUUUCUAAAUUUCUUCUACAACCAUUGUAUGCAUGUUCUCACAGCACCACUUUUGACCAAUACUUCAGAAGACAAAUGUGAAAAGGAUUUUUUUUUAAAACAUUACAGAUAUAGUUGGAGUUUCGUAUGUACCCCUUCACAUUCCCAUUCCCAUUCUACCCCCUCUUCCUCCAUCUCUCAAGAUAAUAUAGUUGGAUCAAACAAAAACAACACAAUUUGCCCUGAUAAUUAUCAAACAGCACAGCUACUUGCCUUAAUUUUAGAGUUACUCACAUUUUGUGUGGAACAUCACACAUAUCACAUUAAAAACUAUAUUAUGAACAAGGACUUGCUAAGAAGAGUCUUGGUCUUGAUGAAUUCAAAGCACACUUUUCUGGCCUUGUGUGCUCUUCGCUUUAUGAGGCGGAUAAUUGGACUUAAAGAUGAAUUUUAUAAUCGUUACAUCACCAAGGGAAAUCUUUUUGAGCCAGUUAUAAAUGCACUUCUGGAUAAUGGAACUCGGUACAAUCUAUUGAAUUCAGCUGUUAUUGAGUUGUUUGAAUUUAUAAGAGUGGAAGAUAUCAAGUCUCUUACUGCACAUAUAGUUGAAAACUUUUAUAAAGCACUUGAAUCGAUUGAAUAUGUUCAGACAUUCAAAGGAUUGAAGACUAAAUAUGAGCAAGAAAAAGACAGACAAAAUCAGAAACUGAACAGUGUACCAUCUAUAUUGCGUAGUAACAGAUUUCGCAGAGAUGCAAAAGCCUUGGAAGAAGAUGAAGAAAUGUGGUUUAAUGAAGAUGAAGAAGAGGAAGGAAAAGUGGUUGUGGCGCCAGCGGAAAAAUCUAAACCAGAAGAUGAUUUUCCAGAUAAUUAUGAAAAGUUUAUGGAGACUAAAAAAGAUGUGCUUAACUUGUUUUAUAAAAUGAAGAUCUUACUAGUACUAUAUCUUUCAAAAGAACUAAUCAUUUUAUUUCUGUGGCCUGAGGAAUUACCAUUUUUUGGAAUACUGCCCUGUGGAAGUUUGGUUGGCUUAGUGGAUUAUCCAGAUGAUGAAGAGGAAGAUGAAGAAGAAGAAACAUCCCCCAGGAAAAGACCUCGUCUUGGCUCAUAAAAUAUUUAUUAGGAGACCCUCAACAUGUGGUCUUAAAAUGCUGCAACUGUUCAAUGAGCUGUAAAUCCGAAUCAGAAAGCUUUCUCAAUUGAACUUAGAAAAUAUACAAGGAAUAGCAAAAGACACUCAGUGUAUCAGCUAAGGGAGUUUAGUUCUAAUAAAAAAACAGGCUUCCCAGGAACUUCAUUGCUUGCUAGUAAUUAAGGGGUUUGCCUUUUAGGCUGUCAAAACAAACGUUAGUAACCAGAACCUGGGAGACAGAUUCUCAGCAAGGAAAAGUCACAGGUUUUGGGAUGGUUUAGGGGAGGGGAAAAGGUUGAUAUAAUAAUGCAGGGUUGCUCCUCGGGGUAUUGAUCUAAAAACAAUUUUAUAGAACUUCAGUUGUAAACUCAAUAACAUUACUUGUAUAAUGGUGCUGGCCAUGUUGUUGUUUUAAUCAGUUGCCUCUUUUUAAAAGAAAUUUUUAUGGAAAACACAUUCAACUAUCAUUAAAAAAAUGAAGUUAAGCUGUUGGGACCAUUUAUUUAAGAUUUAACAAAAGUUCAGCCUUUUAGGUAGUUGAAGGGAAGUACACCCCAUAUUCAGCACAUGUUGAAUUUUCUACACCAGGAAUUUUCAAUAUGUAUAUUGAUGAAAACAAGUUCAAUUCAAACUGGACAGUUUUAAGAUAAUGUUAAAAUUAGCACUUUUAGAGACAAUGAAGGCCAAGAAUCAGUACAGUAGUAUUCCAAAAUGAUUUUCUCUAGAAAUUUGAAAGUGGAUAGAACAGAAUGUUUUCAACCACCUACCAGUACAAUCUUUUGUGGAAGAUACUUUGAAAUCACUUUUUGCUUUGUUAGUAAAGUUCUCUCUCUUUCCAGAGCUGCAAGUUUUAAAGUGUUACUUAUACAGACCAACAAAGAAUAGUGCUGAAUUAAGUGGCAUUUAGUAUCUAGAAGCCAUUUUGAUCCAAGAAGCGACUUGUGAAAGUCAGCAUGCAGCACAUGUAGCUUUUCUGUAAACAAGGGUGUGAUAUGAAAGCUGCUUUUUUAAGAAGAGUAAAAGCACAUUCCAUGUACGUAAGUGAAUUUUAAAAUUAAAUUGAGGCAAACAGUUACGUUUUAUUUUUAGAGCAACAAGUUAACUGUACAUAUUUUAAUGUUAGUUUGCUCAUCUAUGAUCUGAGAUCAUGCCGAAGUGAGAAAAAUGUCCCCAAAAUACAAUUUAAUGCAUUGGGAAAAAAAAAUUUUUAAUAGUAAUUCCAGCCACAAUCUUUAGAUCACCCUUGUAAUGUGUUAUGGGUCCAUUUUUCCUGGAAUAGUUUAAUCUGAAGCAGUUUCCCCUGUUUUGGAGAUUUUGUAGUUAAUUUUAAUUUUGGCUAUUGUUUGGAAAAGAUGAGCUGUCUGUGUAGAUAUGAAGUAUAGUUUUUCCAUAAAACAGAUGUUUAUUUUGUAUUAAAAAUACCACUGUACUUGUUUUACACCAUUUGUAUACAUGUGGUGAUAUUAAUGCUAAACUGUAAAAUUCAGGAAUUAAAAUGUGACCCUGUAAUUCCAUAAUUGAUGUUUGUGUUUGGUUUGUUGUAAAUAUAAAUUAACUCCAUUUUGAAAUAUGUCAAUUUUACAGUAUCUUUUAAAAGGCAAUAAAAUUAUACAUAAAUAUUUAUUAUAAACUGCUAGGUCAUACCCCAGUUUUAAUGAAAUAAUUCUAAACAAAUGUGGGUCAACGGCACUUUAUCACUGACUACUUAUAGAAGGUAAGCCUUGGGGAAAUCAAAGCAUCAUGGUAUGGAGCUUUUCUCACCUCUUCAGUUAAAGGUGUACAUAUAAUAAGAAAGAAAGACCUUCCACCUCAUAAGGCAGGUGACUCAGGAUAUUUUAAACCAAGAUCAGUAAAGUUCCCAUCCACUUUCUUUGAAUCAGCAAGUUUUAUCCAGACCCAUCUCUCAGCUUUUAUUAAAUUUCUUCUUAUAAUAAGCCCACAUGUAAAACAGUUUCCUAGUUACUUUUUGUUUGUUUGUUUGUUUGAAUCUCGCUCUGUUGCCCAGGCUAGAGUGCAGUGGCACGAUUUCAGCUCAUUGCAACCUCUGCCACCUGGGUUCAAGCAAUUCUCUGCCUCAGCCUCCCGAGUAGCUGGGAUUACAGGUGCCCAUCACCAUGCCAGGCUAAUUUUUGUAUUUUCAGUAGAGACGGGGUUUCACCAUCUUGGCCAGGCUGGUCUUGAACUCCUGACCUUGUGAUGCACCCGCCUCAGCCUCCCUGUCUCUGUAUCUUACGAAGACUUCCUUUUUCUUUCUGAAGAGCUGCCAUAAGUCUUAAACAUUUACAUCAUCAUCUGAACCUUUUCUUGUAGCAGAAAUGUGAAUGUUUUCCUGAAGUACAGGUUACAGUUUUCAUGGUACAAGUGCUUACCUACGACGAUAAGAGAAUAAGGCUUAAAAUAUCCCUUAAAAGAACAAUUGUGAGAAUUCCACGUUAGCAGCUGUCUUUAAAUGACUACCCUCAGACAGAUCUGGAUUUUUGUAUCUUUAUCUUUACUCAGUGAAGCAAGCCAAGAGCCCACAUUUGUAUGCCUUAGGUCCUCUUAAAAUGGUAUCUGUAAACAUGUAUCCAAUAUAAAAACUAUUUUUAAUAAAAAGUUACAUGAAAC